CCCCCCCUCUCUCUCUCUCUCUCUCUCUCUCUCUCCACAACAACUUAUAUUCAUUCAUUCUCUCUCUCUAUCUGAAAUUAUCAAACUACAAAUGAAUCCAGAUACUCUGUGUGUGUUCAUUGAUGACUUCUUAUUGAUCACUUGAAAGCUUCAUUUCUGAUUUGUUUUUGUGCUUUAAUAAUACAGUCACUUUUCUAUCUUUCUUUUCUUUUUUCUUUGUCCUUUUUUUCGCACCAUUUUUAUCUCUUCACACCACAAGGGAUAUGGAGGCUACUAGACUUCGCCUUCUCUCCAUCACCUUCUCUCUUAUUCUUCUCUUGGAUGCCACCACUGCUCAGAUGCCAGGUUUUGUAAGUUUGGACUGUGGCGGUACAGGAAAUUUCACCGAUGAACUUGGCCUCGAGUGGACUCCUGAUGAUCGUCUUAUUGAUGGGAAAAUAACUAAUAUUUCUGUAGCAAAUGAGACAAGGAAACAAUAUCAGACUGUAAGAUACUUCCCUGCUGAUGACAGGAAGUACUGUUACACACUUGAAGUCAUAAGUAGAACUAGGUACCUUGUAAGAGCGACCUUCUUGUAUGGUAACUUUGACAACAAUAAUGUUUAUCCAAAGUUUGACAUCUCCCUCGGGGCAACUCAUUGGGCUACCAUUGUUAUUUCGGAUGCUAAUACAAUAGAGCUCCAAGAGUUAAUAUUUCUGGCUUUAGAUCCGACCAUAAGUGUGUGUUUAUCCAAUGCUACAACAGGGCAGCCUUUUAUCUCUACCCUUGAACUCCGACAAUUCAAUGGUUCAAUCUACCUUACACAGUAUGAAAGUCAGUUCUAUCUCAGCAUAUCUGCAAGAAUAAAUUUUGGGGCAGAUAGUGAAGCUCCUGUCAGGUAUCCUGAUGAUCCAUUUGAUAGAAUAUGGGUAUCUGACUCUCUUAGGAAAGCAAAUUACCUUGUUGAUGUUGCUGCGGGAACUGAGAAAGUAUCCACCAAUAUGCCAAUUGAUGUAAGCUCUGGUGAAAGACCACCGCAGAAAGUGAUGCAGACAGCCGUAGUUGGUAGAAAUGGAUCAUUAACUUACCGCCUAAAUCUGGAUGGUUUUCCGGGUUUUGGUUGGGCAUUCACCUAUUUUGCAGAAAUUGAAGAUGUGGGUAACAAGAGCAGAAAAUUUAGGCUGGUUCUCCCAGGCAUGCCUGAUCUCAGCAAACCUAUUGUUAAUAUUGAAGAAAACGCUCAAGGAAAAUAUCGUCUGUAUGAGCCCGGAUACUACAACAUUUCUCUCCCUUUUGUCUUGAAUUUUAGAUUUGGAAGAACGUCUGAUUCUUCCUUGGGCCCACUCCUGAAUGCAAUGGAGAUAAAUAAGUAUCUUAAGAAAAAUGAUGGUUCUGUUGAUGGAUCAGUAAUUGCUAGUGUGGUCUCACUCUACUCAUCAACAGAUUGGGCACUAGAAGGUGGUGACCCAUGCCUUCCAGUUCCAUGGUCCUGGGUCCAGUGUAACUCAGAUCCUCAACCUAGGAUAACUAAAAUUGAAUUGUCUGGGAAGAAUUUGACGGGCAAUAUCCCUACAAACUUGACAAUGUUGAGUGGCUUAGUUGAGCUGUGGCUUGAUGGGAAUUCACUGACUGGUCCAAUACCUGAUUUUUCUGGAUGCGUGGACUUGAAGAUUAUUCAUCUGGAGAACAAUCAAUUGACUGGUGAGCUGCCUUCCUAUAUGGCAGAGCUACCAAAUCUGAGGGAACUGUACGUGCAGAACAAUAAGUUAUCUGGAACAGUGCCAACAGGUCUUCUCAAUAAUAAUCUUGUUUUCAACUACACUGGGAAUAUUAAUCUUCAUAAAGGGGGCAACGGAGGGAACCACAAUAAAAUUAUUAUUGGAUCAUCAGUUGGGGCUGGUGUUUUGCUUAUUGCUAUCAUUGCCUCCUGCCUACUAAUGCACAAAGCAAGGAAGAAUUAUUCUAAGCAAGGCCAGCUUGGACAUCCUAUGCCUGCUGAAAGACUUGUUUCAUCCUUGGGUGAUGCUGCCAAAGAUGCUGCACAUUGCUUCACAUUUUCUGAAAUUGAAGAUGCCACGAAUAAGUUUGAGAGAAAAGUUGGCUCAGGAGGCUUUGGAGUUGUAUACUAUGGAAAAUUGAUAGACGGAAAGGAGAUCGCGGUCAAAGUUUUGACUAGUAAUUCCUACCAAGGAAAGCGAGAAUUUUCAAAUGAGGUAACUCUUCUUUCAAGGAUACAUCACAGGAACCUGGUACAGUUCCUUGGUUUUUGCCAAGAAGAAGGGAAAAGUAUCCUGGUUUAUGAAUUCAUGCACAAUGGAACUCUCAAGGAACAUCUUUAUGGACCUCGAACAUAUGAGCGAAGCAUCAGUUGGAUCAAGCGCCUUGAGAUUGCUGAAGAUGCAGCAAAAGGAAUCGAAUACCUUCACACAGGCUGUGUUCCAGCAGUUAUUCACCGGGAUUUGAAAACCAGCAAUAUCCUUCUCGACAAAAACAUGCAUGCAAAGGUUUCAGAUUUUGGUCUCUCAAAACUUGCAGUGGAUGGAACUUCCCAUGUGUCGAGCAUAGUACGUGGCACUGUUGGGUAUCUGGAUCCCGAGUAUUACAUCUCUCAACAAUUAACGGACAAGAGUGACGUUUAUAGUUUUGGUGUGAUCCUUCUCGAGCUGAUAUCUGGUCAAGAAGCGAUAUCUAACGAAAGCUUUGGUGUUAACUGCCGUAACAUAGUCCAAUGGGCAAAAUUACAUAUUGAAAACGGGAACAUUCAAGGAAUCAUUGACCUCUCGCUGGGUGAAUAUGACAUCCAAUCAAUGUGGAAGAUAGCGGAGAAAGCUCUGAUGUGUGUCCAACCCCAUGGAAGCAUGAGGCCGUCAAUGUCAGAAGUCAUAAAAGAGAUUCAAGAUGCUAUUUCGAUCGAAAGGGGAGCAAAGGCAGCAAGAGAAGGUAACUCUAACUCGGAUGAGAUAUCAAGGAAUUCUAUGCAUUCUUCCUUGAAUAUGGAUUUAGCUGCAAGCGAAAAUUACUUGUCGAUUGAUGAGUCAAUUACGCAGCCAACAGCUCGGUAGUUGCUUGUUCAUGUAUGAGCUCAUAAACAUUGUUUUUAUUAUUAUUAUAUUUUUCCAUGUUAGGAUUACUUGAUUUUGACUGUGAAUUAUGUAAAAAGUGAAGAGCAGGGUCUCUGAUGUUUUUUGGUUGAAAGUGUAACUUGAUGGGUUAAGAGUAUUUAUCUAUUCUUGAUCUAAACUCUGUUGUUCUGGGAGAGAAACAGAUCUAUAUCUUUCUGUGCGAGUCGAUGAUCUGUGUGUACGUUGCUGUUAAUAAAUUAUGUAACCAGUAGUAGUUCCAUUGGAUUGGCUCCAAGUA